AAUAGAAAAAAACACACACACACACACCAGAAAAGCACACACAGUAAAACAGAGGCCAAUUGAAGUUCUCGCUUUUUCGUAUCGUUUUUUCGGGGACCGCAACGAAACUAAACUAAUUAAAACAUAGGAAAUUGUUGUUAGCGCGUUGUUCUUAUAUCAAACACACACAGAGUCGCAUCACAGUCGCAGCAUGAGGAUGGUGCGAUCCUUCGUCCGGUCACACUUUAAGCUGCUGGCGGCGGUACUGCUGGCCGGUCUGGCCGUGAGUAUGGUCGAGGCCGAGAAGGAAAUACCACUGACCAAGUUCAGCCAAGAUGUUGGCAAUUACGGUGCAACGAUGACGUUCCUGUACUGUUAUUCCUGCGGGUAUCGCAAAGCGUUCGACGACUACCACAACCUCAUCCUGGAGAAGUAUCCGGAAAUUACGAUACGGGGCAGCAACUACGAUCCGUCCGGCGUGAACAUGCUGCUGUCGAAGGUGCUGCUGGUGACGAAGCUGCUGCUGAUCGCCGCCCUGAUGUCGAACUACGACAUCGGGCGCUACAUCGGCAACCCGUUUGCCGGCUGGUGGCAAUGGUGCUUCAACAACAAGCUGUACGCCUCGAUGAUGAUCUUCUUCCUCGGCAACACGCUGGAAGCGCAGGUAUGUUGUAGCAAAUGGGGGGUAAAUGGGAGGUGCACAAUCGGUAAAACAAGCUCUAAAAUGAUGCAACUAUUUGGGGUACAGCUAAUAUCAUCCGGUGCGUUCGAGAUAACGCUGAACGAUGUGCCGGUGUGGUCGAAGCUGGAGACGGGCCGGUUUCCCGCGCCACAGGAGAUGUUCCAAAUCAUCGACAAUCACCUACAGUUUGCCAACAAGAUCGAGCCAAAUCCGGAUUUCGUGAAAUAAGCGGCUCGUUGCCAGCAAGGCCAGUCAUCCUACACUACUCUCGGCAGUGGUUCACUUAUUAUUAUUGUUUGUUAGUGUUUUCUUGUCAGUUGCCUUACACCGCGGUGUUCCACAAUUGUUUGCAAGUAUCCAACAACUAUUAUUAUUUGCAAUUAAGCAGGAUCAAGGGUAAAUGUAUAAUUGGAAAAGGAUUCAGUUUUAAUUUUCUUCGUUUUCCCCGUCGUACAUCAUUGAACAUUAGCAGCACAGGGAUAUGUUUGAAAUUUUUGUUUUAUUUAUUUCCCUGUUUUGCGUAAGAAUUUAAAUACUCCACACGUUUCCCCUUACGAAAUGCAGCAAAACGACUAAACAAAAUAUAUUCAACAUGUUUUAAUUCGCAUGUGUUUUGGGCAGGCCGCUCGUGUCUAACGCUCCCCCUUUGAAGGCGCUAGUUUGUAAGGCAAUCUGUACGGCGGAAGCAACGUGGGCCGGCAAGUGCAUAGGAGCAGAUGUGUUUUCGUAUCCGUGGAAGAAUUGAAUAAAAUAAACUAAAACCAAAUAAACCCACAAA